AUGGAGGCCACGACGAAGAACCAAGAAACAGGCGCCGGCGACAAGAGCGCGCGGCCGUCGCCGCCGGCGCUGCCGUGGUCGGUGAGGCUCCAGCUGUUCGCGCUCGUCACCGCCAACGACAUCGCGCAGCGCCGCGACGGGACCGUCAACCGCUUCCUCUUCUCCUUCGGCGACCGGCAAUCGCCCGCGAGGCCGCGCCCGGACGCGCACGGCGUCCGCUCCGCCGACGUCACCGUCGACGCCUCCCGGAACCUCUGGGCGCGCGUCUACUCCCCCGCGGCGGAGGCGGCCGGGCGGACCCCGCUCCCCGUCCUCGUCUACUUCCACGGCGGCGGCUUCACGCUGCUCUCCGCGGCCUCCACGCCCAUCGACGGCAUGUGCCGCCGCUUCUGCCGCGAGCUGGGCGCCGUCGUCGUGUCCGUGAACUACCGCCUCGCGCCCGAGCACCGCCACCCGGCCGCCUACGACGACUGCGUGGACGUGCUCCGCUACCUCGGCGCCACCGGCGGCCUUCCCGCGGAUGCCUCCGUCCCGGUCGACCUCUCCCGCUGCUUCCUCGGCGGGGACAGCGCGGGGGGCAACAUCGUCCACCACGUCGCCCAGCGGUGGACGGACGCGCCUCCCCCCGGCAGCCCCGUCAGCCUCGCCGGCAUCAUCCUCCUGCAGCCGUACUUCGGCGGCGAGGAGCGCACGGAGGCGGAGCUGAGGCUGGAGGGCGUGGCGCCGGUGGUGAACAUGCGGCGCUCCGACUGGGCGUGGAGGGCGUUCCUGCCGGAGGGGGCGGACCGGAACCACCCGGCGGCGCACGUGACGGGUGAGGCGGGCCCGGAGCCCGAGCUGGCGGAGGCGUUCCCGCCGGCGAUGGUGGCCGUCGGCGGGCUGGACCCGCUGCAGGACUGGCAGCGGCGGUACGGCGCCAUGCUGCGGCGGAAGGGGAAGGCGGUCAAGGUGCUCGAGUUCCCGGACGCCAUCCACGCCUUCUACUGCUUCCCGGAGCUCCCCGACUCCGGCAGGCUCGUGGAGGAGAUCAGGGCGUUCAUCGGGACCAACGCGCCCACUCAUCGCCCCGAUGCUUGA